AUGGCGCUGCGACUUCGAGACGAACCUGCAUGGAAGACUUUUCUCAUGGCAGCUAGUAUUCCGGAUGAAAUCGCGGCUAAAUACGCUACAAUACUAGUCGAAAAUCAAUUAACCGAAGCAACAAUAUCUCAGCUAACUGUAGAACACUUAACGGCAAUAAACAUUACCGUUCUUGGCGACGUUUUAGCAAUUCUUGGUCAUAUCCAGACUGUACUCUCCUCUCCAGCUCUGCAAGCACCGCACGUCGAAAGUACUACGUCUACAGCCGCACAGUUCAAGCCUCCACCUGCCGCCAUCAAGCUUCCUUCAGUGAGUUCUAACAUGACACAUCCUCAGUUUCGAAAGUUCCUCAUUGAUUGGACCGUAUACAAGAAAAUCACUCGCCUACCUACCUCAGAGUUUGCCUCGCAUUUAUACAGCACUUGUGAUGAAUCCGUUCAGAAUACACUCAUUAACUCCUUCCCAGAGUUUUUACAGUUGCCUGAGGACCAAAUGCUUAAGACCAUCGAAAGUGUUGUGACGAAACGUGCUAAUCCCGUCGUGCAUCGAAUGAACUUUGGUAAUUUAACACAGCAUGAGUCUGAGUCAAUCCAAGAUUUCUUAGUUCGCAUACGAACUCUCGCUAUUGACUGUGAGUUCUCUUGCCCUACAUGCUCUGUAAACAUUUCAGCAAUGCACAUUAGGGAUCAGUUUAUCCGUGGGCUACACAACGUACAACUUCAGACAGACAUUCUAGCCAAGGCUGGCAACCUCAAGACUAUCGAGGACAUUGUUAAGCAUGCCGAGGCGUUUGAGACUGCCCUUCGUGACCAAUCUCAAUUUCAACACUCUGCUGACGUUCACGCCGCUCGAGCUUCGCCAUAUCGCAAGCAAAAGCAACCGAACUUCCCACCUAACCAAACUUGCAAUGGUUGUGGUAGCAAAGACCAUGGCAUCCCUGGCAUGCCUCCUCGUCAUUCCCAUUGUCCCGCAUGGGGAAAGACAUGUAACUCCUGCAAGCGUCCGAAUCAUAUGUCUGUCGUAUGCCGACAGCCCAGCACAGCCAGUGGACUCAUUGCACAUGUGAAAUACCAAACUGAUGGUGAUACCUUCACUUCUGCUAAUGCAAUCCAAGAAAUUCAAGCCCACCUAACUCCUGAUAUGAAAGGGGCCACAACUGUUCCUCUUCAUAUCUUUCCUGACAGUGGUGCUAAUAUCUGCUUAGCUGGCCCAAAACAGCUUACCCAUUUGGGCUUAACUUCCCACCAGCUUCGCCCUUGUAACAAACGUGUUAAAACAGUCGGUGGCUCCAUUCUCACAUGCACCGGUUGGAUCCCUGUCAAGUUUGAGAUAGAGGGACAUGCUACUACUCAGCCCUUGUUUAUUUGCAACAAGGUCGAUCGCCUGUAUUUUAGUAAGCAGGGAUGUAUUGAAACAAGAAUCUUACCUCCACAGUACCCCCAACCAAUGGCUAAUUCGAUUUCAGCAGUUUCUACUCCUCCCACUGCACAACCACGUCCACCACCGCCUAAACCACCGCCCCAGCUCCCUUAUCCUGCUACGCCAGAAAAUGUCCCCAAGCUCGAAGCCUACAUUCGAGAGCAGUUUGCAAGCACCGCCUUCAACAACUCACCACCUUUCCCAUCUUUAUCUGGCCCGCCUGCUCAUAUCCACUUGCAACCUAAUGCUGUCCCUUACGCUCGACACACACCCAUCCCAGUUCCCCACCACUGGAAGGCCAAGGUCAAGGAGAGCUUAGACAGAGAUGUCCAACGAGGCAUCAUUGCCCCAGUACCUAUUGGAAGCCCUGUGUCAUGGUGUAGCCCGAUGGUCGUUGUCUCUAAGGAAGAUGGUUCUCCACGACGCACAAUCGACUUCCAGCGACUGAACGCUCAGUGUCAACGCGAAACUCACCACACCUCUACUCCAUUCCAACUGGCAUCCCAAGUACCAGCACACACCAAGAAGUCUGUUGUUGAUGCCGUGGAUGGCUUUCAUUCUGUGGCUUUAGAUAGCGAAAGCCAACCCUUAACCACGUUCAUUACAGAGUGGGGUAGGUUUAUGUACCUACGAAUGCCUCAAGGGUUUGUAGCCGCAGGUGACGCAUACACACGCCGUUACGAUGAAAUCAUAGACGGUGUCGCGCGGAAAGUCAAGAUCGUUGAUGAUACCCUCUUAUACGACCAGUCAAUUGAGCAAGCAUUUUAUCACAUGUGGGACUAUCUUACACUUUGUGCGAACAAUGGUGUUGUGGUUAAUGCUAAGAAAUUCAAAUUUUGCCAAAACACGGUCGACUUCGCCGGAUUGACAAUCACUCCCACUGGAGUCACCCCUUCUGCCAAAACCUUGUCGUCGAUCUGUGAUUUUCCUAGACCAACCGACCUUACCAGUGCAAGAUCCUGGUUUGGACUUGUGAAUCAAGUCGCUUGGGCCCAUGCUAUCAGCCCCAUUAUGCAACCCUUCCGUGAGCUUAUUAAACCAAAUCAAAAGUUCUACUGGGACGAUACCUUAGAUACUCUGUUCGAGUCAUCCAAGUCCGUCCUCAUCGACCUUGUGAAAGACGGGGUGCAAUCGUACGACAUCUCCCGAACCACCUGUAUCCAACCAGAUUGGAGUAAAGACGGGGUCGGUUACCUUCUGCUACAAAAGCAUUGUCGGUGUGCUAUUGUGUCUCCUGUUUGUUGCGAAAAUGGUUGGAAACUUAUCCACGCAGGAUCUCGUUUCACAAAUCCUGCUGAAAGCAACUAUGCACCCACAGAGGGUGAGGCAUUGGCAGUGGCCUGGUCCCUUGAACACUCCAGACUAUUCACUCUGGGGUGCCCUAACCUUGUAGUCGCAACUGACCACAAGCCGCUACUAGGGAUCCUCAACGACCGCGCCCUGGAUCGGAUCUGCAACCCGCGAGUACAACGCCUUAAGGAGAAGACACUUCCAUGGCGGUUUUCUAUCAUUCAUUGUCCGGGCAAGUGGACCAAGGGUCCCGACGCACUAUCCAGAUAUUCAACAACAAUUGCCGCGGCUCUCCAAGACAUCCGGGAACAAGUCUCAGAUUAUGAUAUGAUGCAAUGCAGCAACGUCGAAGAUGCUCCUCACAUGGCCAGUGCUUGUGCCCUUCAGCAGAUUGGUAGUGUUACGUUUGAUCAUAUUGUUUCUGCUGCUCGAUCAGAUACUGAAUAUCAGACGUUACUAAAGUUCAUUGCUCGCGGCUUUCCUGGGAAGCGCAACUUAGUGGAACCAGCAUGUAUGCGUAAGUACUGGGAAGUCCGCCAUCGCCUCUCAACCUUCCAAGGUGUUGCCUUGUUAGAUCAACGCCUGAUCAUUCCUGCGAAACUCAGAAACGUUGUCCUGAGCAAUUUACACUCAGCAAACCAAGGCACGACAGGCAUGAAAUUCCGUGCAUACCAGUGUGUGUAUUGGCCAGGCAUGGACAGAAGUAUACAAAUCCACCGUGAAACCUGUCAAGAUUGUAUUCGACAUGCACCCUCCCAUCAUGCGGAACCUUUAGUGCUAACUCCAAGUCCAUCCUACCCAUUUCAACAAGUGUGUGCCGAUUAUUUUCAAAUCGAGGGCCACUCAUAUCUCGCGGUUGUCGAUCGAUUCAGCGGCUGGCUUUGCAUCUAUGCAUUCAAAGCGCACGAAGUCAAUCAUCGGACUCUCCAGCACAUAUUCCGCGACCUUUUUAUCGCUUAUGGCGUCUCUGAAGAACUGAGCACCGAUGGUGGCCCACAGUUCACUGCUGAAGCUUUUCAGCAAUUCCUGAAGUUAUGGGGCGUCAAUCAUCGGCUUUCAUCAGCAUCCUACCCACAAAGUAAUGGAAGAGCAGAAGUGGCUGUUAAGGCUGCUAAACGCAUUAUUCACAACAACCGCUCGUCAGAUGGUGGACUUAACACCGAUACGGCUGCUCGCGCCAUACUCCAGUAUCGUAACACUCCAUUACCAGAUAUCGAGCUGAGCCCUGCCCAAAUUUUGCUUCACCGUCAACUACGUGACAGUAUUCCAGCCCAUCCUGCUCACUAUCAGCCCCAUAAGGAGUGGGUCCUUACAGCCAAGGAGUGUGAAAAAGCACUCAGCAAGCGAAAUCACAUCUUGGUCAAGAACCAUGAUACUACAGCAUGCAAGCUUCGGCCCCUUGUUCUUGGCACCAAUGUGGUCGUGCAAGGGGGAACCAAGAGAUGGGAGCAUACUGGCAGAAUCGUAGAAGUGUUACCCUAUCGGCAGUAUAGAAUUAGAAUGUUUCAUUCUGGAAGAGUGAUCCUCAGAAAUAGGCGAUUCCUUCGCGAAUACACAACAAUCCACCCAGAAGAUAUUCACCCCUUGUCCAUAGAACCACCAGCGUCAGCUCCUGCACCAUCUACUCCUGCUCUUGAGUCCGCACCUUCUACUCCUGCACCUUCUACUCCUGCACCACCUACUCCUGCACCACCUACUCUUGCACCACCUACUCCUGCACCACCUACUCUCGCACCCUCUACUCCAGCAUCACCUAUUCUCAUUCCCGAGUCAGAAUGUUCCGUCCCCAGUAGUUCUAACCUACCAACACAGUCUCAGGGAAUUGCACUAGGUGACAGUCAGCAAACAGCUGUCACACAAAAACUCCCAAGAGCUUUAAAGAACUUACAAAGCUUCAAUAAGCAAGGACUUAAAGAUCACUUCCCUCUAGGAGGAAGGAGAUGA